AUGUUUAGAAAAGAGUUAGGGCAGUUAAUAGAAAUAGAUAGAGGAGUAAAUUCACACAGGAUGUUAAAAAUAAAAGAUAAAUUAUAUAGGAAAUACAAAGUACAAAACGAAAAUGAUCAUGCCAAUACAGCCGAAAUUCUGAAGCAAAAAAUUAAGGCACUCGCGGGUAGAAUUAAGAGAUAUGAAGAAAUAAACGCCAAGAAAGACCAAAAUAAGUUAUUUAAUGAAAACCAACACAAAUUUUACAAAAGUUUAGAGAACAAUAGUUACAGAGUAAGCCAAAUACCAAGUAAAGAUAGUAUAGAGCAGUAUUGGACAGAUAUUUUGUCUAAUCCGAAGCAGUACAAUAAAGAUGCUAGAUGGAUAGAAGAGAUAGACGAUUUAUCACAGAGAGUCGAAACAACAGAAACAGAUGAGAUAACAGUAGAUGAAGUCAAAUUAGCUAUUAGGAAACUACAUAAUUGGAAAACACCAGGAAUAGAUAAGUUACAAAAUUACUAUUUAAAAUAUUUUUCUAAUUCACAUAAAUAUCUUGCAACAAUAUUCACAAAAAUAGUCCAAGGGAAACAGAAUCUAGAAGAAUGGUUCACUACAGGUAAUAUAUUACACAACCACUGCAGCAACAAUGACAUUAUGGCAAUAGAGCAACGAGGUUGUCGACGUGGAGCCAAGGGAUGCAAAGAUCAUCUCAUGGUCAAUAAAGCAAUAUUAGAGGAUGCACAUCAGAUGCAAAAGAACCUGAGCAUGGCAUGGAUAGAUUAUCAAAAGCCUUUGACAGUAUCUCGCACGAAUGGCUUCUCAAGAUCCUUGAUAUAUACCGAUGCCCACUAA